UCAGUGCUUUCUGUUUCAGUCAUAACGCUGCAGCGAUGGCUGACGAAGAGCAACAGAGAACAGAAACAUUUCUGGAAACUCAACAAGGUUUCAUUGGCAAUGCCUUCAAGAUUCUACAACAGAUGAUUGACUGGUCAAAUGUGACUCCAAACAGUAAACACUUAGUGGACGAGAUUCUUCACAGCAUCUUCUUUCUGGGAAAAAUCAACAACCCCAGCUUUCCUCCAGAGGAAAUCAUUGGUGAUAAGCAUAUUUUGGAGGCCUUAAAGGACAAAUAUCCCAGGCCUUUUCAAUUUUAUGAUAAACAGCUUCCCAGGCGGAGUCCGUUCUCCUGUGUGCUUGACAUGAUCGUCCUGCAGAAAGGACAAGACCACGAAGAUCAAAUAAUGCAGACUCUGGAAGAAUUUGUCAGCCACUUGAAUCCACGUUUUCUGGUCUCCUCCACCAUCUGUAUUUCUCAGAAUUCCCCAAAUUCAAAAAGGUACUACGGAGUCUCCAUGUCCACCACUGGCCCUAACCCUGGAAGAAUUGUUAUUGCUGCCUCCUGCUUUAGCAAAUGGGAUGAAUAUGUAUCUGGGGCAGUGAUGACCUACUAUCCAAAAAAGGUCAAGAAAGAAUACUUUGAUGGAACCAUUCAGGUACCUCAGUAUGUCAGGUGUAGGGCAUUUAUCCUCAGCAAAGGAACAGGAUUACCACCUUGCAGAUCAUGUCGCAAUUUGUUUGGCUUGAACACAGAAGAAACAAAAGAGUGGGCUUAUGGCAACUGUGCUGAAGCUGAGAGUCUGAGCAACUUGCUUAAAAAUGAGGAAGAAGUUAAAAAGGGAACACAUGUACAUGAACACUCAGCUGAAGGCAGCCGGAGAGCCAAGGAAGAGGUUCUUAAGGAGCUUAACAAUGUGCUGAGAAUGAUACAUUUCAACACCUGGACAGGUGAUUAUUACAGCCCAGAAUCAGUGUGAGAUAUUGUGAGCUGCAUGUGUGUGCUUGGAUGUGAUUGUGAUGAAUAAACUAUACUUUGCUCUUAAAGCCUGAGUGUGGAUUUGCUGUAAUCAC